UAUAUUAUUUUAUUUAAGUCACCCCCACAAACCACACCCCUAUUUUUUCUCUCUAUAUACGCAGCAAAAGAAGAGCAAAAAUAGUCUCACAUUUUUCCUCUUAUUUUUUGCCCCUCUUUUUCUUCGAAUUCAACUCCAUGAACCAUACUCUAUAGGCAAUAAAUCGACGGAUAAGGGGCAGAGAAAUGUUAAUAGAAAACUAUGAAGACGAAAGAUGACAAUCAAACUCUCUGAGUUUCUGAAUUAGCUACUUCUUUGUGUAUUUGUGUAAGGAAUUUUUGAAGGACUCUGCUCGGUAUCAUAUAGAUCGUGAAGUGUUGGUGUUCCAUUGCAAUCUAUAAAUCUCGAGUCACUUUCUCUUGCAGAUGGAUUCAUUUGAAGGGAAUGGGGAUUACAUGGAUGGUGGGCCUGCGGAUCAGUUGCUUUCUUUGGAGUCUUCUAAUAUGAGUGGCUAUCUUGGAGAGCCCGAGAUACCUCCUCGAAUUGGGAACCAGUAUCAGGUUGAAAUUCCGCCUCUGCAGGGAAACUGCACUUCUUAUAUUAAAAUGCUAGCUGAUCAGAAGAACAUAGCUGAUAUUUCCCGGGAUUUCAUGGUGGGAUUGGCCAUACCACUAAUGUGGGUCAAUCCAGGAGUUGGAAGCAUGAAACGUGAAAAGUUGGAAGAUCUGGUUGAAGCAAUAAAUGCAGUCAAUGAUAGUGUACCCUCAGAACCUGAAAGUACCGGAUUGGCCAACAUGCAUUCAGAAAAGGACAAUAUCGCAGUAAAAAUGGAGCCAUCAGACACGUUCUUGGACAAUAAGGUGACACUAGGAGAAUCAGCAAAUUUAUCUUCUGAAAAGGAACUACAGGAAAUAAGGGUCCUGCGAUAUUGUUUAGUCCCUGGCACUGUUUUAGAUAUUUGGACUGGUACUGAAAAGGCAAGUUUCGUUCUAGGUCUGUACAUCUUUGAGAAGAAUUUUGUUCAUGUUAAGAGGUUUGUUGAAACUAAAGGGACUGGUGACAUCUUGUCGUUUUAUUAUGGGAAGUUUUAUAGAUCCGAUGUGUACCGUAGAUGGUCAGAAUGUCGAAAAGUGAGAAGCAGAAGGAGUGUGUGUGGACAAAAGAUGUUCACUGGAUCGAGGCAACAGGAGCUGAUGUCGCGUCUACUUCCCCGCAUUUCAGAAGAAAACCAAAAGGCUUUAGCGGAGGUCUCUAAGGCAUUUGGGGAAGGAAAGAUAUUGUUGGAAGAGUAUGUCUUCUCUUUAAAGGCUAUGAUUGGGGUAAACAUGCUCAUUGAAGCAGUUGGCAUUGGCAAAGGUAAAUAUGAUCUUACAUGCAUGGCCUCGGAACCUUCAAGGUCCAAUCAUGCUGUACGCUCAGAACUCCCAGCUGGCAAAGACUGUUCCUCUCUUACAACUAACGAAGUAAUUAAGUUUCUAACUGGAGAUUACCGACUUAGUAAGGCUCGAUCCUAUGAUCUAUUCUGGGAAGCUGUUUGGCCCCGUCUAUUAGCAAGAGGCUGGCAAACAGAGCAGCCUAAAAACUUGAAUUACGCCGCUAAUCCCAAGAAUGCAUUGGUUUUUCUGGUUCCUGGUGUUGAGAAGUUCUCUAGGAGAUUAGAAAAAGGGAACCACUAUUUUGAUUCUGUUACAGAUGUAUUGGGUAAAGUUGCUUCAGAUACUAAGCUUCUAGAACUUGAUGCCGAAGGUGGAUGUAUCAAGAGUGAUUGGACAGAUGAGACAAAGUUAGAACAAGAUGAUCUUCCAACAAGACAACGCCCUUGUUAUCUUCAACCUCCUAACCGAUAUACGGAUGCUAUGAAGUUUACGGUUGUAGAUACAAGUCUCUCUGAUGGUAAACCUUAUAAAUUGAGAGAGUUGAGAAGUCUUCCAGUGGAUAUCUCAAACAAAUUGUCUUCUGGAAACCACGCUGAAGAGAGUGAAGAGGAGUCUACUGAUGAAUCAGACUCUGUUGGCACUUCUGUGCUUAUUGAAGCUGAGACGAAGCAUAAUAAUUCCUCUAGGAUAAUCUCCAAUGGAGAAAUGCACUCUGAUGAGGGUUACAAAAUCAAUGUUCCAAGCCAGAAGUUUCAGGAAGCUUCAAAUGAGGGCAUUCUUGCUUCUUCUACUGUACCUGUGAAUGAUUCGAAGAAAACCAAAAACAUGUGUGAAGCCAAGAAGCCAAGAAAAGUGGUACAAGCCCACUCGUUUAAGAGAUUGAAAGAAAACAGUGUGGACUUUGUAGCUCCCGUUGCCAAGCGGCGUAGGAGACUAACGGCUUGUAGUCGUGCAAGUGUCCUGGUAAAUUCUUUGAUGGAAAAAGGGAUGGGCCACCCCUCUAGCAGCAAUGACAACAUUCCGAUAGCUUCGUCUGAGGACAAGGUGUCAUCAAGCAACUCAUCAAAGAGCAGUCCUUCUCAAAGUGCCGAGUGUGCUUCUGCUGAUCGUCAUGUCUCGAAGCUUCCUGACGAGGAACCUCAAACUAGGGAAAUGAUUGACCUCAAUGAACCUCAAGUACCCGUUGAUUCAGAAUUUGAAAUUCUGAUGCCAGCAUUGACGGAAGACCGAAGUGGUAACAUGAAGAGUCCUGAUGAUGUUUGUGGUGAGUUGAAGACAUCGACACAUAGUGCUAGUAUGGAGCAACAGCAACCUAGCUUGAACUCACGUAGGCAUAGCACUAGAAAUCGGCCUCCAACCACAAGAGCACUUGAAGCUCUGGCAAAUGGUUUCUUGACUGUGAAUUCGCGGCAAAAGAGUAAAGAAGGUGUUUCAAAAAAGAAGUCGACAUCCAGGAGUUCCCGACAAACCCCUGGUGGUAUGAGGGUUACUGACUUUAGCAAUAGCACAGUGGUUUCCCAAAUGGAAGAAGAUAAAGGUGCUGUGUCUAUGGGGGGUGAUACCAACAUGUUUGGAAAAAUUCAGCAUCCACCCGAGGAGAGUGGGAUGAUAAUCUCAGGUCCAUAAAUUGGCAAGACGAUUAAAACAAGUGCUUCAAUGUCUUGUUACUCAUAUCUGUGCUCUUGCUGCAUGUGCCAUUGAUGUCUGUUAACAAUCCCUGAAAUGCUGGAUUUCACUGCUAGCUGUGACACCAGAAUGGAUGUAAAAGAGCGUUGCCUUAUAAAAAAAAUUCACCAGUAAAAAAUGUAUAUGCUUCCGGGUAAUUGUGAUACUCAAUAAUAGCAAGAGGGAGAGAAAUAUUGUUUUUCAGAUUCAAAAGAAGAGGUUUACAUUCAUUUGAUUGCAGUUGCAGCUCACUGGAAGGAGCAAAGAUUAUUCUCAGCAAAUUUCAUGCACCUUUUUUCAGAAUAGUGAUUAUGUGAUUAAUGUUGUCUCCUUUGAGAUUGUAGAUAUCUUAGUGAUUUUACUUAUAUUUAGUCCAUAGGCCAUUAAAACUU